AUGGAAGAAAUUGGCAUAGUACCUGCUGACACACAUGCUUCGAGUUCCAACUCGCGCGGAUCCUUUAGCGCUUCAAAGCCAAAGGAUGUGUACUAUCACUACAAGAAGCUUCAGCAACAGCUCGAAUUCCUCACCACAAUGGAAGAAUACGUGAAAGAUGAACAGCGCAACCUGAAACGCGAACUUGUUCGUGCUCAGGAAGAAGUUAAGCGCAUUCAGUCUGUGCCUCUCGUGAUCGGUCAAUUCCUUGAACCAAUUGAUCAGACAACAGGUAUCGUUGGCUCAACAACUGGCUCCAACUAUGUGGUGCGCAUCUUGUCCACGAUCGACCGCGAGUUGCUCCGUCCCGGUAGCAGUGUGGCUCUUCACCGCCACUCCAACUCGCUCGUGGAAGUGCUGCCACCAGAGUCAGACUCGAGCAUUGUUAUGAUGAGCCAGUCUGAACGACCCACUGAAACCUACCAGGACAUUGGCGGUUUGGACGUCCAAAAGCAGGAGAUUCGCGAAGCCGUCGAGCUUCCGCUUGUGCAGGCUGACUUAUACCACCAGAUUGGUAUUGAUCCGCCUCAAGGUGUUCUCUUGUACGGUCCACCAGGAACAGGAAAAACCAUGCUUGUCAAGGCCGUGGCUAACGCCACGACGGCCUCGUUCAUUCGUGUGGUUGGUUCCGAGUUCGUGCAAAAGUAUCUCGGUGAAGGACCCCGUAUGGUGCGUGAUGUAUUCCGUUUAGCACGUGAAAAUGCACCGUCGAUUAUUUUCAUCGACGAGAUUGAUGCCAUUGCAACCAAGCGAUUCGAUGCUCAGACGGGUGCCGAUCGCGAAGUGCAGCGUAUUCUUCUGGAACUUUUAACCCAAAUGGACGGUUUCGAUCAGGGAAGCAAUGUCAAGGUCAUUAUGGCCACGAACCGUGCCGAUACUCUCGAUCCAGCCUUGCUUCGUCCUGGUCGUCUGGAUCGCAAGAUCGAGUUCCCUCUGCCCAACAGACGCGAAAAGCGUUUGAUUUUCCAAACUAUAUGUGGUCGCAUGAACCUCAGCCCGGAUGUGGAUCUCGAGGACUAUGUGAGUCGGCCUGAUAAACUCUCUUGUGCUGAAAUUGCCUCUGUGUGCCAGGCUGCAGGUCUACAGGCUGUGCGCAAAAACCGCUACGUUGUACUGCCUGGUGACUUUGAUGAAGCUUUCAAGCAAAUCUCCAAGAAGGGUGAUGACAAUAGGCUCGAUUUCUACCAGUAG